CUUUGUCCAUCGCCACCACCACCAGCGAGACGCUUUGAACCAAAUAAAGCUUAUAAGGACCGUCCACGCGUUCGUAUCUCCUAUCGCACGCCUUCGUCCACCUAUCACCCGCCUCGCGCUCGCCAAAGAUGAUGCAGCCACCCGCCAACCCCGCCGAGGACGCUAUGGCUACUGACCUCCCCGCAGGCGAGACCCAGUCGACGCAGCAGGAGACACAACCGGCGUCGCAGACGGUGAACAUCCUUGAGGAGCAUCUCUGGGGUUGUCUCCUGCCGUGCAGCCCGCUCUGCAGGCGCGUCGACUUCCAGAAGAUCAAGCGCACGUAUCUGAUUGGGCGCAACGAGGAGCAGCGGCCAGGCGGCAACGACAUCAUCCUUCCAGGAAAGAAGAUCAGCAACUAUCACUGCCAGAUCCAAUGGGACGGCCGUGAGGAGAGGCAAGCUGCAGUUCGCGUGACGGAUACGUCGAGUAACGGUACUUUUAUCAACGGGAUCAGGAUCGGCAAGGGCAGGAGCAUGCUUGUUUAUGAGGGCAACGAGAUCGCGUUCGGGACGGCGCAGCAACAGGAUAACCCGGCUGAAGACUACAGAUUCGUAUACCGGCACAUGGCCGCGGGCACGCCGCCAACGGGGUUGCACGCGCACUACCAGAUGCACCAGGAGCUUGGCAAGGGUUCGUUCGCGACUGUGCUGAAGGCGAUGCACCGUGAGGAUGGAGAAUGGUUCGCCAUCAAAGUCAUGCAACGCAAUCGCCUGCGCAGCCCCGUGGGGAACUCGACAGCAGGCUCGCCAAGCUUCGCACGCGAGAUCUCGAUUCUCGAAGAGCUGCAGCAUCCGAAUAUCUGCCAGCUCAAGGAAGUCUUUUACGAAGACCACACCGUCAACCUGGUGCUCGAAUACAUCGACGGAGGUGAUUUGCUCGACUACAUCGUCAGGAGAGGAUAUCUGACUGAACCCCAGGCCCAAUACCUCACAUACCAGAUCUGCGAUGCAUUAGCUUACAUCCACUCCAAAAACAUCGCCCACCGUGAUCUCAAGCCUGAGAACGUGCUACUCACGUCGACAAAUCCACCGCAAGUCAAGGUCGCGGACUUCGGUCUUGCUAAGGCCGUGGAUAGUCUGACAAUGCUUCGCACAAUGUGCGGAACGCCUUGCUAUCUCGCACCCGAAGUAGUGCUGCAAGAAAGCAACAACGGCUACGAUCAAAUCGUCGACAGCUGGAGCGUCGGCGUUAUUGUGUUCUCUAUGCUCACCGGUAACAAUCCGUUCUUUGACGAUGAUCAGGAGAUGCACAUCAAAGAGCGCGUGCGUACACGUGCUGUGGACUGGAACACGCUGCGCCAAUACGCGCCUCAAGCCGAGAAAUUCGUUUCCCGCUUGCUUGAAAACGACCCGGCGAUCAGGAUGACUGCUUCCGAAGCGCGCCUGCACCCAUGGUUGUCUGAGCAGCAUUAUGCAGCACGCGGAAACGAGCGCGACCGUACGGCCUCUCCGGGGCUUGAUGUUGGAUCCUUCGACGCCUCGAUGGUAUCCAACGUCUCUGAUGAUAUGGCUCUCGACGAGGCUGGCACGGACGGCGAGGCUGGUGUUCCUGCUGCUAAUGCAGACGCCGGAUACGCUCCAAUGGACUCGCAGCCGGAGCUGCAGCCGCUACAAGCGACGGGUUCGCAGCCGGGGGACAUCCCGGGCGCGUUUCCGCACAGCCAGAACGGGCUCGUACGCCAGAGCUCGCGACUACAGCGGCGCGCGCAGGUGAUCCUGUCACAGCAGGCAGAGGAGCCAGUCGAGUCGUCCGAUGACGAGCAGCCUGGGCGCAAGCGUAAGGCGCUCUUCGAAAGCUCCCUAUCGACGAUGGAGGAAGAGAAUGAGGAAGGAGCGGCCGGGCCAUCAAAUGUGCAAGGCGGUACGGAUGCUGGUGAGAAGAAGGCGAGGGGCGCAGCGCGUCGGCGGCGGGUCCUCAGAAUGAAGAGUGUGGUUGCUGAGGGCGCUGGGUCUGUGCGGGCUGUCAGGAGAUCCUCGCGCAUCAACCCAUCGCCAGCAAAGGUUGGUCGCAGGGGUUGA